AAGGGCAGCAAAAUCUGUUUCCACUGCAGCAAUUCUUCUUACACUACUAGUUAAUUUGCAGAGAUCAUCAGACCUACAGCAGUUGUUCCAAUAGAAAAUGAAAUGUACAGGCAAGUCAGCAUGCAAGUUCUUUGGCCUGUUAAUAUUUGGGCUCACACUAAUAAUAGUCCUUCCUGGCACUUUGAUAAUAGCAAUCAAUCCAGAGUUUCAAAUCAACAAUACUCUGUACAUUGGAGAUAGCUUGAGAAACACUACAGGUGUACAUGAAGCUUCUUCUUCCAUAGGAAAUGUGAACAUGAACUUCAAUAUUAGAAUUGACAGUGUUUAUUCCAUGUCCAGAAAGCCAUCGACAACAACUGAGCGUCUUCCAGAAAUAGAAAUUGCUUCAAAAGAAAAUGGCUAUUAUCAAGAUUAUAAUUACCUUGGAAUAAACCAGCCCAUUUAUCUACUGGCCAGAUCAGUUAUAAAUUACAAAACUACACUUCAAAUUAAAGAACCUCACAAUUCAUUUGAUAACUUAGCUUGCGUAAUCCUUUUCAACAGUUUAGCAAAAUUUGAUGACUUUUUUAGAUAUGGUACACACUCAGAGUCUCAAAUGCAAUGCUUCACAAAUGAGAAUACAUCAUCAGUGUCAUGGUCAUUCAGUAUAGCAGAAGAGUCUCAGUAUUAUGUUGGCAUUUCCAUCAAAAGAGGUGUGACAGUAACUAGUAAUGUAUCAAUCGAUCGAGCUUAUUACAAUCUAUCACAAACAGCAAGAAACAUCUGCACUAACUCGCUAUCUUGUAAUAUAACAGUCUGCAGUGACAUACUACUUUGUGAAAAGUCAUACAUCAUCAUAAAGACCAAAGGCAUUACUGAAGUGGCUUUAUUGGAAUAUGAUAUAUCAUUGAGAAAAUGGACAAUAAGAGCAAUUAUUGUACUUCUCCCUUUGUGCAGUCUAGCACUGAUAAUCAUUGUAACCAGUUAUAUUAGAUGCUACAAGUGUCAAAAUACCAAAAGAAGAGCUGAUGAUGAUAGCGCUAGUGUUGCCAGUUCUUCAUUGCUUGAAAUGGAAACACCUUUUGAUGAUGAUGAUCGCAUUGAAUUGAUUCCUGAUUCAAAUCAAAGACCACCCAGCAGAAAUGAGGAUGAAAGAAAUGAAGAAAGUGACAUUUCUCAGCACAAUAGGACUUCAUCAAUUCCAAUUCCACUGAGUGAAGAGCUAUUACAAAAUGCCAAAGAUACAUUUGAUGAAACUCCAAAGCUACAAGUAGGUAGUAAUCAAACAGAAUAUCACAGCAGUCAGUAUGGAGUGACUCUCAUUAUUCCAGAGGGAGCAGUGCAAGGAUCAGCUACUGUUUGGUUUGGAGCAGUUCUCUUCAGUGAUAAGUUUGAGUUUGGAGACUAUGUACGUGUAUCCCCCAUAGUGUGGGUCCACAGUGAUAGAAAGUUGGAUAAAUGUGUUGAGUUGUAUAUUCCUCAUGACAUUGUCAUCAGCACUAAAGAUGACCUACAGAAAUUCACUUUAUUGGAGUUUGACAAAAUUUCAAAUAUUUGCACAGAUGAAUUUAAUGUCGGUCAACAUGAUAAAAUGAAGUGGGGCUCUAGGCAGCUAGUCAAAAUCGAGUGUCAGUAUUUUCAUUCUUAUUGCAUUGCUGUUCAUAAAGAUCUCUUUGAUAUUGUUUCAAAGCAAUAUUUAAUGGCAAUAAUUGAAAAAAAGAAUGCCAAUGAAGAGCUGCUAGUUGACUUCAUUCUUAUAUGCCGUCAGCAAGGAUGGAAGAAGAUAAUAGCCCAGUGUGAUCAGGAAGGAUUUAAGAUCGUGAAAUAUGAGCCAGUUUCAUUCAAAAGAGGUAAUGAACAUGAAUUAUCUGUUCCAUUUGAAGCACAACAUAUCAACAAUAUAACAAGAAAAUACACAGCAAAAAUUCCAGUAUCUAUUAGAGAUAUUGAGUUGCUGGACCAGUUAAACGAAAAAAUUAAAUUUCGAGAUCUUCCCCGUUUUAGAAUACAGUUCAUUCAUGGAAGCACAGCAACCCAGCAUAAGAAUGCCAAAGAAAUAACCGUCAGAUUUAAUAAACAUUCUUCUAGAUCUCCUGGUAACUUAAAAACAGUCCAGCUAGGAAGUAGUCCUCUAAAACUAGACACUGGAUUAACAAAAAAUGAUUCAGUACUGACAGAGUUCAUACGCAUCAUUGAAGCAGAGCAGAGAUUGAAAACCUUGUGGCGCACUUUAGGGAGUCGUCUAAACCUUAGUCUUGAUGAGCUGAGUGACAUUGAAGUGAUGUCUAACAAUCCUGAUCAAUAUCCAGCCAGACUCAUUGAUACAUGGGAGAGAAAGGACAAAAGUGAUUCAUGGGAUAGACUAGAAACAGCCCUGGAUGACAUUGGAUUUAAUGAAUUAGCAUGCAGAGUCGGAAAUCUUAUUCAAAAACAGCGACAAAACCCUGCAGCUGCACAUUUUCAAUCACAUUUUGCUGAUAUUCAAACUUCAAUUGCUGCCACAUUAAAUCAAGCAUUGCCCAAGUUCUUUGGAGCUGAACUGAUAACUCAAUCACUAUACGAUGAUGUGAUAGGUAUGCCUGGGAUACCUGAUAAUAAAAAAUCAGCCAUGGUCACUCGGCAACUUUUGGGAGGAAUUCAGAAUAGUAGGAAACCAAACAUAAGACUAGGAAGAAUAUGUGAGAUUUUUUUAGAAUUGGGCGAUGAGAAGCUAAAAGAAUUUGCUGAGAGUGUGGCUAGGGGAAAUUUUUUUGCCAAAACAGCUAGAUAUCCUGUAUCAUAUUCCAAGGAAUAUUCAAAGAGAAAUUUUGAUAUCACUAAUCGACUAGCUAAGGGGCCUCAGUUAGGAACAAGUUUUGAAGAAGGUGUUGAAGAAAUUGAAUUGUAGCGAUUAGCUAAUGUACCAUUAUUGUAGUUUUCAGAAACCUAGAUCUAUGUAGAUGUAAAUUUAUCACAAUUAUUUGACUAUCAGUGAUUUAAUCUAAA